AUGAAUACGAUAAAUAGCGAGUUGAGCAUGAACGAUUUAAACAAUAAGUUUUUCGAAAUAAUGCAAAAUGAGAAUAAUGCAGAGGAAGCUGCGAAUUUUAUAUACGAGAGUCUUUGUGACGAUGUGACCUUAGGUUUUAUUUUUGAAUUCCACCACGGCUUGAAAACCGGCCUCACAGACUUAAUGGAAGGUGAAAAAGAAGAUGAAGAACCUUUCAAGAUCGUGAACACGCCGGAAUGUGACGUUUUUGGCUUUUCCAUUUUGAAAAAGACUCCUGACUGUAAUUGCUCGUGUCCAAACUGCGAGAGGCCAGUAUCAGCUACAAGAUUUGCUCCUCAUUUAGAGAAAUGCAUGGGUAUGGGCCGAAACAGUUCUCGCAUAGCGUCUCGCCGCAUUGCAUCUAACAGCCGCGAGCCAACAUCCUACGCAGGAUUACUCAGCGAUGACGAGGACGAUGCCGAUUGGGCUGGUGGUAGCGUGCCGAGCGAGCGGCGCAAGCGUAGAAUCAAGAACAACAGUAGCAGGAAACCUAGCAAAGUGCACAAGAACAACAAUGGUACUCUGAACAAUGACACCAACGACGGUGGCGCCACCUACGAAACGAUGACGGCAAAUGAGAAAAAGAACCUGUUGCUGCAAAUCUGUGGUGUGGUAUCUGAGCACACCAAGAAGUUGUGUACUAGAUCAACUCGUUGCCCCCAACACACAGAAGAACAACGCCGGGCUCUCCGCAACAGUGUGCUUGAGCCAUCCACUCCUGAGUCGCAGAGCAUGGGCCUCACAGCUGAAGAAGCUGGCUCGCCUCCAGACUCUAGCCCUUCAUCGUCCUGCUCAUCGUCAAGCCGUAAGCGAGAUCGACACCGUGCCCCUCCCAAGUCUAAGAAUAAACGGGAACGGAAUAUAUCCCCUAAUACAAGGGAUUAA